AUGGAAUGCGGAACCAAGUUGUCGAAGUUUGAUGACGGUGUUGAUGUUGAUCCAUCGUAUUAUAGAAGCUUGAUUGGAAGCUUGAGAUAUCAUCUUAGAGGUUAUUUAGACAGUGAUUAUGGUGGAGAUAUCGAUGAUCGAAAAAGCACUACAGUUUUUCAUGAACGAAGCAAACAUAUUGAUGUUCGAUAUCACUUUAUUCGAGAACAAGUGAAUGAGAAGGAAAUUGAAGUGUCACAUGUGAAGACCGAAGAUCAAGUUGUAGAUAUUUUUACGAAACCUCUAAAGAUCGAUGCUUUUCGGAAGUUCAAGAGUUUGCUUGGAAUGAUUGAUGGAAGAGAAUUUCGUUUAAGGGGGAGUGUUAGAAAUUACACCAAAUUCAUAAACGUCGAGACUAUUGAUGACCUGCCGAGUUGCCAAUAUUAUCGGUUACCUCGUUACCGAUAUUCCAGAAGCAAUGUUGAUGACUGUUCGCUAAACCCCAAGAAAAAUCACCCUCACGCACCUCUCGUGUCGCCACCGCCGUCGCCACCGAUGCUGUCGGCGAAACCUAAACCCCUCACUGAUGACAACCUGCCCCUCUUCACUCCGAACCAGCGGCUCGAGCUCCAAGGAUACAGCCACAAAGCCAGGCCCGAUGGCUCCUCCUCGACCCUCGCCGAGCUCCUGAGGACGGUUGAAGAAGCUCAAGUUGGCGACCAAACGCCUUCAACGCCGUCAAACCAUGUCCUCCAGGUGACCUCCUUGGUGUCCUCCUCCAUCUCCAUGCCAACGGCCUAUCCCUUCGUGCUCUCCUUCAAGAACUUGACUUACAGCGUCAACGUCCCAGGGAAGCUGGGCUUCUCAUCACUGCUCUGCCGCGAGAAGUUUGGUGAUGGCGCGGGCUUGCCAGGGCGGGCCAGCACCAAGGUCUUGCUCAACGACAUCUCCGCAGAGGCCAGGGAAGGAGAGAUAAUGGCCGUCCUUGGCAUGAGUGGCUCGGGAAAGUCAACGCUCAUCGACGCCCUCGCAGACCGGAUCUCGAAGGAGAGCCUUGGAGGGGCCAUCACGCUGAACGGCGAGGUUCUAGAGUCACGGCUCCUGAAGGUGAUAUCAGCCUAUGUCAUGCAAGACGACCUCCUCUUCCCGAUGCUGACAGUGGAGGAGACGCUCAUGUUCUCCGCCGAGUUCCGGCUCCCACGCUCGCUCUCCAAGUUGCGGAAGAAGGCGCGGGUCCAGGCGCUGAUUGAUCAGCUCGGCCUUCGGAAUGCUGCGGGCACGGUGAUUGGCGAUGAAGGCCACCGCGGCGUAUCUGGCGGAGAGCGGCGGCGCGUCUCCAUUGGCAUCGACAUCAUCCACAACCCAAUCAUCCUGUUCCUUGAUGAGCCGACCUCUGGCCUCGACUCGACGAGUGCCUUCAUGGUGGUGAAGGUACUGCAGCGGAUUGCCCAGAGUGGGAGUAUCGUGGUCAUGUCAAUUCACCAGCCGAGUUACCGGAUAAUGAGCCUCCUCGACAGGCUGAUCUUCCUCUCUCAUGGGAACACAGUCUUCAAUGGCUCGCCAGCUGACUUGCCCGAGUUCUUCUCCAAGUUCGGGCAUCCGAUCCCAGAGAACGAGAACCAGACCGAGUUUGCGCUUGACUUGAUCCGCGAGCUCGAAGAGACUCCCGGGGGGACAAAGAGCUUGGUGGAAUUCAACAAGUCGUGGGAAGAGAAGCAACAGUCAUCGAGCCUCCAGAACCACGUCGUCACGUGGACAGGACCGAAACCCUCGCUCAAGGACGCCAUCAGCGCGAGUGUCUCGAGGGGCAAACUUGUCUCAGGUGGCAGCGGCGGUGACUCAAGCCAAGUCGCCUCCGUCCCGACCUUCGCGAACCCGUUCUGGAUGGAGAUGCUGGUGAUCUCCAAGCGGACGCUGACCAACUCCCGGCGGAUGCCGGAGCUCUUUGGGAUCCGGUUUGGUGCUGUCAUGGUCACAGGGAUAAUCCUGGCGACCAUAUUCCGCCACCUCGACAACUCCCCAAAGGGCGUCCAGGAGCGGCUCGGUUUCUUUGCCUUAGCCAUGUCGACCACCUUCUACACCUGCGCGGAGGCCAUUCCAGUCUUCCUGCAGGAGCGCUACAUUUUCAUGCGAGAGACCGCGUACAACGCGUACCGCCGCUCCUCCUACGUCCUUGCCCAAUCCAUCAUCUCCGUACCCUCCCUCGUCAUCCUCUCCUUCGCCUUUGCGGCCGCCACCUUCUGGCCCAUGGGCCUCGCGGGCGGGUUCUCGGGGUUCAUGUUCUUCUUCUACGCAAUGGUUGCGUCCUUCUGGGCAGGGAGCUCCUUUGUGACCUUCCUGUCCGGUGUCGUCCCCCAUGUCAUGCUCGGGUUCACCAUCGUCGUCGCCAUCCUCGCCUAUUUCCUGCUCUUCAGUGGCUUCUUCAUCUCGCGGGACCGCAUCCCGCUCUACUGGAUAUGGUUCCACUACCUCUCGCUCGUGAAGUACCCAUACGAGGCCGUGCUCCAGAACGAGUUCGACCACCCGGCCAAGUGCUUCAUGCAUGGGAUGCAGAUGUUCGACAACACGCCCCUCGCGGCGGUGCCGGAGGUGCUGAAGCUGAGGCUGCUGCAGAACAUGGGCAACACCUUGGGCAUGAACCUGACCGGGUCGACAUGCGUGACCACCGGGGUCGACAUACUAAAGUCGCAGGGGAUCACGAACAUCAGCAAGUGGAAUUGCCUGUGGGUCACCAUCGCGUGGGGGUUCUUUUUCAGGAUCCUGUUUUAUUUUUCGCUCUUGUUGGGGAGCAAGAAUAAGAGGAGGUGAAAAAA